CUCUUCCUCCUCGGUGCUUGGUGAGAGCCGGGGGGCGCCAGGAUGUGGCACGAAGCCCGCAAGCACGAGCGCAAGCUGCGGGGGAUGAUGGUGGACUACAAGAAGCGAGCGGAGCGUCGCAGGGAAUACUACGAGAAGAUCAAAAAGGACCCAGCGCAGUUUCUCCAGGUGCACGGCCGGGCCUGCAAGGUCCACCUGGACUCAGCCGUCGCACUGGCUGCUGAGAGCCCUGUCAACAUGAUGCCCUGGCAGGGAGACACGAACAACAUGAUCGACCGCUUCGACGUGCGGGCGCACCUGGACUAUAUCCCCAUGUACACUCCGCCCCUGCUGAACCCCAUCUCCCCCGAGCAGGAGUCGGACGAGAGAAAGUGCAACUACGAGCGGUACCGAGGCCUGGUGCAGAACGACUUUGCUGGCAUCUCGGAGGAGCAGUGUCUCUACCAGAUCUACAUUGAUGAGCUCUACGGGGGACUCCAGAAGCCAAACGAAGAUGAGAAAAAGAAGCUGGCGGAGAAAAAGGCCUCCAUCGGCUACACGUACGAGGACAGCACUGUGGCUGAGCUCGAGAACUCCUUGGAGAAGCGGGGAGAGGAGGAAGACUCCGAAGAAGACAGCAACACGGAUGAAGAUGAAGUCAUCCCCGAUAUCGAUGUGGAAGUGGACGUGGACGAGCUGAACCAGGAGCAGGUGGCUGACCUGAACAAGCAGGCCACCACGUAUGGCAUGGCGGAGGGGGACUUCGUCAGGAUGUUGCGGAAGGACAAAGAGGAGGCGGAAGCCAUUAAAAACGCCAAAGCCUUGGAAGAGGAAAAGGCAAUGUACUCAGGCCGUCGCUCUCGCCGCCAGAGGAGAGAGUUUAGGGAGAAACGCUUGAAAGGGAGGAAGAUCAGCCCGCCCAGCUACGCACGGAGGGACAGCCCCACCUAUGAUCCCUACAAACGCUCCCCCUCGGAGUCCACCUCCGAAUCUCGCUCCCGCUCCCGUACCCCGUCUCCUGGCCAUGAGGAGAAGAUCACCUUCAUCACCAGUUUCGGUGGCAGCGAUGAGGAAGCAGCGGCAGCAUCCGCUCAAGCUGGCGGCGCCCCCGGAAAAGCCACCACUCUCGGCAAACAGCGCUCCACCCCAGGGCAGCCGGGCAGCGCCACGGCAGGUCAUAGCACCUCGUCCCGGAGACGCUCCUCGUCCUCCUCCUCCUCCCCGUCCUCCUCCUCAUCUUCCAGCUCCCGCUCCAGCUCGCGCUCGCACCGAGGUGGCUACCACCGAUCCAGCCGCUACUGCCGCUCCCACAGCCGCCGGUACUCGCGCUCCCGCAGCCGCAGCCGCCGCUACUCGGGAGGGGGCUCGCGGGACAGCCGGCGCCACUCCAGAUCCUACUCCCCUGACCGGGGGUAUCGCUACAGCUCCCGCCGCCGCUCCAGGAGCCGUUCCAGGUCCGGAGAGCGCUACCGGCGAGGCGGCAGGUCCAGCCGACACUGGAGCAGCAGCCGGAGCAGCCGAAGCCUCUGCGAUUCGCGAAGCCGUAGCAAGUCGGUGUCUCCGGUGCGAGAGAAACCGCCAAGGCCUGCGGCGUUGCCCGCCGUGGGGGAGAAACUGAAAAAGGCUGACACUGCUGCUGGUAAAGAGACAGGAGCUGCCAAACCCAAGCUGACGCCGCAGGAGAAGCUGAAGCUGCGCAUGCAGAAGGCGCUGAACCGGCAGUUUAAAGCUGAUAAAAAGGCGGCGCAGGAAAAAAUGCUGCAACAGGAGCAUGAAAGACAGGAGCGGGAGGACGAGCUGCGGGCCAUGGCCCGGAAGAUCCGCAUGAAGGAGAGAGAGCGCCGGGAGAAGGAGCGGGAGGAGUGGGAGAGGCAGUACAGCCGGCAGAGCCGGUCCCCGUCCCCGCGCUAUGGUCGGGAGUACAGCUCCUCCCGGAGGCGCUCCAGGUCCCGCUCGCGGAGCCCUCACUACCGGCACUGAUGGCAAUGGUUGUGCAGACAGCAAAUAAAGAUGACAAACCCCAA